AUGGAUCCGAGCGUUUCGGCCUUCCUCACCCGUUUCGAGACCAAGAUCGAAGCCGCCAUCGAUGGCCUGACCAAGACCCAGCAAUCUACGUCGACGAAGAUCGACGACCUACUCGCGUGGCGCCCCGAUCUUGAGCGCCGAGUGGCGGAUCUGGGCGAUGCCGUCACCGCUCUGCAACGAGCAAAAGCGCCUCCACCAACCCGACCCGAGGCGGAUCCGAUGCCUGAAGGCGCUGAUGCGGUGAUCAAUCCACGAGGGCCCGAUGGCCACGGCGAUUUCCAGAUCAAACGGGGGCCAUCGGCGGCGCUCCCAGCGACGCCGCCGCCGCUCCCGGCUAACGGUACGCCCACCGAUCCCGUCACUCCAGUUCUGCUGUCACCGUUCGGCCACGCCAGCCAGAUGCUCACCGGUCUCGGUCAGCGACCACCCGACCUGGACACGGCCUGCGCCCUGGCUCUGCUUCAGGAGGAGGUGGCUGACGGCGCAUUUGGUACGCUUCCACGACCGCCAGAAGCAGCACUGCGGCCAGGGGUACCGCUACCGCUGCCUCAACCACCACCACCGGCGCGUCACACCGCGCCCGCGGUCGCCACCGACCGCCGCGGCACGGACGCCGCACGAGCCGAGGCGUCCAAGCUCAAGACACUCCGCGACUACAGACAAGCCCGCGGCCUCUGUUUCAAGUGUGGCGAAAAGUGGGGGCACGAUCAUGUGUGCCCUACCUCUGUACAACUACACGUCGUCGAAGAAUUGCUUGAUCUAUUUGGCAUCGACAACUUCAUCGACACUCAAAUUCCAGCGACGAGCAACACCGACGACACCGUUAUGGCGAUCUCCAUAUCGGCCGUGACAGGAGGAGUUUCAGCAAAAGCAUUCCAAUUACGCGUGUGGAGUCAAGGCCGCGAGGUGCUCAUGUUGGUGGACUCAGGCAGUUCCAACUCCUUCCUCGACUCCAAAUUCACCGAGUCCCUCCAUGGGGUCCAACCCUUGUCGCAACCUGGGCGCGUCCGAGUCGCCGACGGCAGCGAACUGGUGUGUACAUCAUUUGUACCCAGUUGCGCCUGGUACUCUCAAGGCCAAGAAUUCUUCACCGAUAUGAAGCUGCUCACGCUGGGUACUUAUGACGCCAUCCUGGGGAUGGACUGGCUCGAAGAGCACAGUCCCAUGACAGUGGACUGGCGUGCACGGUUCAUCGAAAUUCCCACACCGGCCGGGCCUCUCCGCCUUGUCAGGCAUGAUGCCGCAUCAACAGCGUGCGCGACUAUCAACAAUAUCCAACUGCAAGGCCUAUGCAGCAAAGGGGCAAUAUCGCACAUCGUCCAUCUCUGUGUUGUCGCGCCAGCAACAGAGCCGUCUGCACCAACCCCGGCAUGUAUUCAGCAAGUUCUCGACGACUUCACUGACGUCUUCGCCGAGCCCACGGGUCUGCCACCUCGGCGCGACUGUGAUCACAGGAUUCCCCUCAUACCCGGCGCACAGCCCGUGAACAUACAAGUUCACAAACCGGAGCUCAAGUUCGAAAUUGAAACACAAGUGGAAGAACUGCUCCGUUCUGGGAUCAUUCAGAGAAGCACCAGCCCGUUCUCGUCGCCAGUCAUCCUUGUUAAGAAGAAGGACGGGACAUGGCGCUUGUGCGUCGAUUACAGGCAUAUCAAUGCCCUCACCAUGAUCGCCAAGUACCCUGUCCCCAUCAUCGAAGAGCUUCUCGACGAACUCCACGGCGCAGCCUGGUUUUCUAAGUUGGAUCUCCGUGCAGGCUAUCACCAAAUUCGGUUGGCUCCUGGCGAAGAGUACAAGACUGCCUUUCAAACCCACCAAGGCCACUUCGAAUUCAAAGUUGUCUCAUUCGGGCUUGCAGGAGCCCCGGCCACUUUCAUUGGAGCUAUCACGACAACGCUCAAGCCGCUCAACCGUGUCUGUGUGCUGUCAUUCUUCGAUGACAUCCUCAUCUUCAGCAAAUCACUCCAAGAACAUGUCGAGCACUUGCGCCAAGUACUCACGCUCCUUCGCAGAGACAACUGGAAAGUUAAGUUCAGCAAGUGCGCCUUUGGACAGCAACAGAUAUCGUACCUUGGCCACACCAUCAGUGUGCACGGUGUCUCCACGGAUCCGUCCAAGAUUACAGCGGUAACGAAUUGGGCGACACCCACUGACGUCAAAGGGGUGCGCAGUUUCUUGGGACUUGUAGGUUAUUACCGUCGAUUCGUCAGGAACUUCGGGGUCAUAGCCCGCCCACUGUUCAAUCUGCUCAAAAAGGGGGUCCCAUUCAUGUGGACUUCUACCACAGAGACUGCUUUCCAAGUGCUCAAGCAACAGUUAGUCUGCGCACCAGUUCUCGCGCUGCCCAACUUUCAGCAGCCGUUCACAAUCGAGACUGACGCAAGCGACCGCGGCAUUGGGGCCAUCUUACAGCAGCAAGGGCAUCCGAUCGCGUUCAUGAGCAAGGCCCUCAGCACGCGCUACCAGGGUUUGUCCACUUACGAGAAAGAGUACUUGGCUAUUAUCGUGGUUGUUGACCAGUGGCGUCCGUACCUUCAGCAUGCAGAAUUUGAGAUCCUGACCGAUCAGAAGAGCUUGGUGCACCUGGAAGAGCAACGGCUCACAACACCUUGGCAGCAAAAGGCAUUCACAAAACUUCUCGGCCUGUGCUACCGCAUCCGUUACAAGAAAGGCAUCGAGAACGUGGGUGCAGAUGCACUAUCGCGAGCCAGUCCUACUGACACCUUAGCUACAGUUACCUCUUGCCUGCCCGCUUGGUUGGAGGAUGUGAUCAGUAGCUAUAACAACAACCCACAAGCCGUACGGCUGUUGGAACACUUGGCUAUCAAAGAGGACCCGAAGAAGCGAUUCUCUCUACAGCAAGUGUGUCAACAAGCCAAGCCCGACCGUGCUGCAUCUCCAGGAUUACUCAUGCCGCUGCCAAUUCCUAAACAGCCGUGGGACAUGAUUUCCAUGGACUUUGUAGAUGGUCUCCCUCAGUCAAGCAAAUUUAAUUGUCUGCUGGUCAUCGUCGACAAGCGCCCCAAGUUUGCGUAUUUCCUACCGCUGGCACACCCCUACACUGCUGCGUCAGUAGCCCAACUGUAUCUCCAUCAAGUUUACAAGAUUCACGGUCUGCCCGGCUCAAUUGUUUCAGAUAGAGAUCCAGUCUUCACAAGCCACUUCUGGCAGGAGCUGUUCCGGGGAGCAGGGACAGAACUCAGACUAAGCAUAGCAAAUCACCCGCAAACUGAUGGCCAGACGGAGCGCGUUAAUCAGUGUGUCGAGACCUUUCUUCGCUGCUUUACUCAAGCUUGCCCGCGCUAA